AUGGAUCCGGAUAAGGCCCAUGCUUUGCGAGUUUGUGGCCCAAUGAUAGUCCAAUCUCUUGAUCCAGACGCUAUCCUGGAUUAUCUCUUCUCGAAAAAUUGGAUAUCUCAUAAUGAAAUAGAGCUCAUUGGAUUAGAGAAGACAGCACAAAAUAAGUCCAGAAAAAUCCUCGAAAUAAUACGCUUACGUCCAUCUGGGGCAUUCGAUGACUUCUUAGUGGCUCUGGAUUGUGAAGGUUCAUUUUUAGCAGCUGAGAUCCGUAAGCACAUUGCACCUUCUCCAACUAGGAAAAAAGAGCAUAGCCUGUCAGAUUUAAGAGAAUUACUACUUGAAGGGGCAGUUCCAGAUAAGCCUUCUCGCUACAUUAAUCGUCCGGAUCUAGUGAGUGCUCUUUCCAACAAAUUACGAGCGUUAGCUGACCACUUCAGAGUUGAUAAAAUACCUGCAGAUAAGUUAGCUGAAAUAGAUAUUACACCGCGAUUUCAAGACUGCUCAAAAGUUAUGAAUAAUCUCAAUCCUCCUCCUACUAAUGCUUGGCUAUUGAUUCAUGGGUCUCCUGGGUCAGGCAAGUCAGUUUUAUCAGCCAGUGUUCUGCGUCAAGAACCAACUCUUCUUGCUGACUGUUUUCCAGGAGGUGUGAUCUGGAUGCAUGUUGGACCACUUUUUGUCAAUACUUCAAAUUCUGAUACCGUCUCAUAUCCUAAACAGAACAUCAUACAAUUAGUUGAUCGAUUAGCAUAUAGAGUAAGUCAACUGGGGGAUCAUGUUCACGAUGCAAAUACGAACCAUAAUCUGUCCGAGUCCCUUCACUUUCCAACUAGUCAUUCACUAACAUUAGAUGAUAGUCUUGAAAGACUUAGAAGAUCUUUAAUUCGUAAGCAGCAACGCACAUCUUGGGGCCCGGAUGAGAAUGGUAAUCUAAUUACUUCCUUGCUGCUGAUUAUUCUCGAUGAUGUAUGGGAUAUUGAAGUUGGACGAGUACUUUCCAAUUUGCCUGGUGCCUUUUUGGUUACUUCACGGGAUUUAGAUAUUUUGGAGCGAGUAGAAACUCCUGUAGAUAAACUACAUUUGCACAAUGACUUAUCGGAAGAUGAAGUUGCUAGUCUUUUGUCUAUGUGGACUGGAUAUUCAAUGGAACAAUUUAUCUCGUCUAGCAAAUCAUCUCAAAAUGUAAAAGAUUCUGACAUUUCCUUACCUGCUAUCAGUCAAAUGACAUAUGGAUUACCUUUUGCUGUUAGUUUGCUAGGAAGCCUCUUAUACAAUCACGUUCAUCGUCUUUCUGAUUAUAUUAUCAGUGUAAAUAGAACCGGAUCUAAAUUUCUUGAUUGGGUGGCUAUUAAACGUCCUAGUGCCUAUGGUUAUGAUUCUAUAUUUCAGGCUUUUGAUAAAAGCAUAUCACUUCUGUCACCCGAAAAUCAAGCAUACUACCGACGUUUGGUAAUAUUUGACCCAGGCAUUGUUCUGACACCAAAAGUUUGUGGGAUCCUGUGGGCAAUACCUGAGGACAAGGCUGAGAGGAUUCUUUCUAUCUACACUCGUUAUUCUUUAACUGUUAGGCAUUGGAUAUAUAAAGUAGGAAAUUGUGGCUACACAAUACAUGGUAUACAGCUAGAUCUUUUGAAAUCAUAUAUCGACCCCGUUGAGCAAGCAAACUACCAUGCCAAAUUUAUACAGAACUAUUUUACUUUUUGUGGGGGUCGUUGGUUAAAACUUGUAUCUUCUUGGGAACAUAUUUAUUUCUGGAAUAAUGCCACUGAACAUUUGUUUAAGGCUGCUCAAUUGGAUAAGUUAGUUGAUUUGUUAAUUAACUUAGAUUUUCUUCGUGGUCGGCUGAAAAUUAUUGGUACGACACCCGUGAUUGCAGACUUUCAACGUUAUCGUGCUGUUUUUGUCACAUUGAAUCGAAUGGCUGAAUGGUUGGCUUAUCUUCGUUUUAUUCAAACAAACGCUUACUAUAUAAUUGAUCCAACUAUUGUUCAGGACUGUGAACGGUCUAGAUCUCCAUGCCAAGGAUCUCGUAGAAGUUCUGUGGCCAACUUGGAUCUGUCUCCUCCCAACUUCAGACCUGAUUCUAGAUGUAUAAGUCCUGUUGAAUCACGGCGAAAUUUGUUUUCAAGAAAUAUCAGGUCAAAUUCAAUUAAUAUACCUGAUCGUUCCAGUUACAAUACCACAUCACCUAAAGGCAUAGACUUACUGCAGCUGGGACUUGGCCUUUCCCAAGACAACCCUGUAUUUCAGCAAGCUUUCCAGUUAUUGACUGAGCGUCAUCAAUCUGUUUUAAAAAUGAAUCCCUCAUCCAAAGAAGAAGUGUCCAAGACUUUAUCAAUAGUUAGAGCAUUUAAGUAUUAUUGGUUUUGGUGUAACAGUCACAUUGCUGCUUCUCAAUUAUUAUGGGCCAUUCCAACAGGAUUUCAAGCUGUCACAUGUUUGGCUAUUGAGGUACCAUAUACCAUAUCCUCAGCUUUUACAAACGUCCUAACAGAUGAUUCGACGGAUACUGUAAGUACAGACAAUCAGGAGGAUUUAGCUAAUGAUUCACGUUAUUUAUAUCAUAAUCGUUAUCGCAAACGAUAUCUAGCUUCAACUAGUGAUGGUCGAGUUCUUCUUUUGGAUGCUAAUUCAGGCUAUGAAGUUGCAUUGCAUCAAGUAUAUUCACCUGAAAUUGAAGUGAAAUUUCUAAGCUUCUUAUCGAAUAAUACAGAAUGUUUAACCUGUGGAUCCAAUGGUAGUUUAGUAAUUUCAACACUUCCUGUUGCUGAGCAAAUUUCAGGUGAAGAAUUUUAUCCAUACGAUAAAAUUGUUUCAAACCAUGAAAAUGGUACAUUUCAUUUCGACUAUUAUGGAAAUCAUAGAGAUAGUUGUAAUUUAGAUGCUAUUGGCAGUGAUGAUGAUGAUGUUAGCAUCAAUAAUGGCUUUAUUGAUUCGAAACACAGCAGUCAAUAUUCAACUAGAGAAAAUAUCAACAUCUAUUUGGAAUCAAAUGACUCGGAAGUAUCUACUGAAGGGACAAUUAGACGUCGAAAGCGUUCAACUAUUGUUUCACCAGUUUAUGAUUCUUCACCCAUCGAUGUUCCAACACCUACUGUAUUAGCUGACUUACCUCGACUAACUGAAUUGGCUCGUGUUGAUAAUGCACAAUCUACAACAUUACCUAUAACUUCUCAGCCCAAUCAAAUUUCUUCUGAGUCAACAUAUCAACUUCAGUGUAUAGCCGCAAAUUCCUCCUUAGACCUUUUGAUUAUGACCGGUGAAGGUUGUCUUGAUUCUGUGUCACAUCGUGUAGAUGGAAUUGAAUCAAGUACCUACAUAAAAACUACACCAAAACUACCAAAUGUCUAUCACUUGAAACGUGGAAGUGGUGGUAAAUUACGACUUGAUUGUUCCAGAGAAUUGAGGCUCCCCUGUCUUCCUUCAGACCACUGGUAUCCACAGUUAUGUACCGAUUCUAAUUCAAAAGUGCAUCUCGCUUCUGUUUCAGAAAAUGGAAAUAUUAUUGCUGUUUGUUUAUCUGAUGGAUUUAUAUGGUUUUACAAUCUGGAAAUAAUCUGUUGGAUUUCCUGUAUUUCGACCAAAUUAUCUAUAGACUUUGUCACAAAAUUCUUAUCUCAAAGAUUUUCAAUUGAUGUAUUUGAAGAAUAUGAACGGUUGCAGUUGUUUGAUGCGAACACAGUAGAAGUUGGAGUUGGACCAGCUGCAUCUUGCGUUAUAUUUUUACCAUCUUUUACAAAUCAUGGCAACCCAAACGACAUUAAUAAUGCACCAAUAUUUUUUGCUGCAUCUUUAUCUACUCAAGUUUUGAUUUGGUGCUUACCUAAUACAGAGUUUCAAUUUUCUGAAUCAAGAAUAUUGGAAAACGAGACAUUGUGUCGUAAUAGCUUCCCUCGCUUACAUUUGUUGUGUUCGUGUGCGUCUACAGUAUUGUCGAUGGAUGCACGUAUUAUUGAAGGCCAAUGCAUUUUAGCUGGUGGAACCGCUAGUGGACGUGUUCUUAUAUGGCGUGUUCGUGACGGUUGUAAAUUAGUAGAAUUGAGUGUGCAUGCUUCCUGGGUCACAGCUAUACGUUUACUUCCAGAUGAUUUCAAACAAUUUUCUGAUGGAGAUUAUUUUGAUUUUCAUGUCAAUAAAAGUUGUUUACCUAUUGGAUUGCUUACAGCAUCUGUUGAUGGUAUAAUAAAACGUUGGGAUGUUGGCGCCGCUUGUUUGCCGACUCCUACAACUCCAACUCCAACUGGUCCUGUCUGGCCAUAUCCUUUUGGCUCCGGUUUAUCAUCUCAGAGGCAUUCAAAUUCUUCAAAUAUACAAAAUCCAAUUGCUGUACACGGGCUUUGGACCCAAGUGUUUUCUGUUUGGUUUGGUGAAUAUGGUUCGUUAUUAGUUGUCGGACGUCGUCGACAUUCUGCUGAUUUGCAGUUUCUAUUUCGACCAAAACAAUUGAACAAUAAUGGUAAUAAUAAUAAUAAUGAAACUUGUUCAUUCCAAGAGAUUACUAUUCGACCUAGUCAGUCAUCAUACUGGAAUCCACAAGUUCAGCAUACAUAUAUAGAAGUUGAUUCCUGUGAAUCUAUUGAUCAUCAAAAUCAUAAGAAUUCAUUGGAAAACAAUCAUGAACCUAGUUCAUCAAUAGAGAGUUCAAAGAAACCACUACCUUUUAAACAUUGGAUAUUGUCUACAGGAUUAUCAAGUUCAAUGUAUGGAGUUGCCACUGCUGUAUCAUUUUGGAAUGAUGGUAAUUGGGUAGCUAUUGGCUUUAAUACAGGGAAUGUUAUUGUAUACUCGCUUCAUUUUGAUGAUUCACAAUUAUAUGGGGUAGUAAAACGUUAUAACCUAUUGGCUUCUGAUCACAAUUUAAAUAAAACAAAUAAUGAAGAAAAGAAAUACUCAUCAUCUUCAUUGUCAUCUUCUACACUACACGAUCGUAUUCUACAUCUUCAUACGUGGAUGCAUGAAGAUUGUACCGAGUCAAUUGAUUUAAAGGAUUGUAAAGUUUUAAUUGUAGUUGGUGUCUAUGAAAGUGGAUGUGUAAAAGCAUGGUACCUCUCUGACGCUUGUCAUACAAUAUCGAAUCCCACUAUACCUUGUGUAAAUAUUUACCCUACAGAAUGUUUUCCAAAACAUCACAGUGAUAUACAAUCUUUAAAUGGUUCAGUUCAUGAUCAAAAAAUAAAGUCAGAUGUUCAAACAGGUUACAUGAAUGAUGCUUUCCCAAACAACAAUAAUUCAGUUGUUACUUGGUCUACAUGUCGUUUGAUUGAACGUUCUCAGCAUCCUUUCGUAUGUGAUUAUCGGACACGAAGUCUUAAACGACGAUCGUCACUUGAUAAGAAAGAAAAUAAAAUGCUAGUCUGGUUUACCUCUGGACGUGAUGGUCGAGUUUUUGGUCGUGAAUUAUUUCUUCCAGGUGAUAAUAGAUCAGUUACCGUCAAUGAAGAAAACAAAUCUGGUGUUGAGAGUGAUCGAUGGAAAUUGGAUUUAGAUGCUCAUACACCAAUGACUAUAACAAACGCUGAUAUUAGUCUAAGUGGCCACUGGCUUGUAACUGGAUCAGCAGACAAAACUGCAAAAGUAUGGUUUUUACCUUCCGGCACACUGGCUUUUGACACAGGUAUGCAUCCUAUGUGUGUCCGUUCUGUGGCUUUCCAACCAGUGGUUGAAUUAGAUGAUGAACUAAUUAUGGUAACCGGUGAUGAUGAAGGUACUUUACGUGUUUGGCGGUUGACAGCUCAAAUAUUAUGCAGUCAACUAGCACAUAUUCCUAAAACUGUUAGUAACGAAAAAAUUUCAUAUUUAGGACGACCCUUAAUCCAUGAUUUGCAUCUAUGUGGUGUCGAUCAUAAUCAAAAACCUACAAUAUAUAUUCCAAGUCCUGAUCCGGUGCAACGUUUCUCAUCUCGAAGUGGUUAUCUUAACGACAAUCGUCUAUUUAAUAAACGACCUGAUUACUACUCAACAGCUGCUGGUUAUGGAUCAACAUGGUUACAUAAAUUGACAUGGUCACCAGAUGGACGAUUAUUAGCUGGCCUGUCUGAUCGUUUAUGUGUUUGGCCCUUUGAAUCUACCCAACAAUUUGAUCUACCAAACAAUGAUUCUAAUGAUUCUUCAGAUAAUACAAACAGUCCUGUUCAUUUAAUGAGACGUGUUAGUGUUCAAGAUAAGUUACCCACUUUAAAUCCUCCUAAGUUCGAAAUACAGCAAUGUCGUGUAUUAAGAGUUCUUUCUUCUGGUGCAUGCAAUUUAACUGGGACAUCACCACCUUUAAUGGUUAGUCCAAGUCGUUUAUUGGAGUUGAAUUCUAACGAUAAAAAUUAUGGUCAAUUUUCAUCAAUUGAUCUUCCGCCUACUAUUGUAACAGUCGAUUCUAAUACAGGCACAUUAUACAUAUUUGAUCCAAUUGGUUCUUUGUUUUAG